AUGGCAAUCUUGGUGGUUUUCCUUGUACUAUUUCUGAUUAAGCCAGGAGUUUCACAGACAAACAACAGCCAAAACAAUAUUAACACACCCAUCAGAUCAUUCUGUGGUCGUAACCCUCCGAUAAUUCUAUCAAAUUUUGUCAACAACCGCAAUUCUACCCUAGCUGAGAUCAGAAGAAAACUUUCAAGCAAGGAUGUCUUCUAUGCUACAGCACAGAGUUUAGCCGAAAAAGACUCCGUCUUUGGAGCUGCCCUGUGCAGGAACUACCUCUCCACAGCUCAGUGUGUGGCUUGUUUCGAUGAGGGUGUAGCUCAAUUAAUCGGCUGCGUUACUGGCAAUGGCGCUUAUGUUUUCUUGGAUGACUGUUUUGUCAGGAAUGGUGACUCACAUGGUUUACAUUAA